GCGGGUUUCCCGUCGGGCGAGGAGUGGCUUUUGGUGAUUUAUCCGGCUCCCGUAACCAGGUUUCCCGCGGCAGGCGAGGUCCCAUUCGUGGGACGGUGAAUGGCACUAAACGCCCUAGCUUUGUCGAUGCUUUCUGCCGGCGAUGCCCGAUGCCUCUUUCGGCCCUGAUUUGCGCCUGCUACAAUAUUUAGGUCCCUGGCACGUUGAAGUUGGGGCCAGGGAUGUAUCAGCUUGUGAGCUGAAGCUGGGUUGAUUUUUUUUUUUUGUUACUUCAUACACUAAAGUAAGUGAACUAUCGUUCUUUCACUUCUUCUUUUUCACCUCAUAUUUGCUAUACAAUGUCGGGCCUUGUUUCCUCCAGCCGCGAAGUUGCAGUGCUCGUUGUAGCCGCCGAUCCGGCUGCGAGGAAAGCUCACAAUUCCCCCGCCGUCUCCCUAAUUGCUGGCGGAAGUGCUGGAGCAAUCGAGGCAGCUGCAACAUACCCAUUUGAAUAUUCGAAAACUAGACUUCAGCUAGAGCGAAAAGCUGUGGGUUUAUCAGCAAAUCCUCUCACAGUGCUGAUUCAAGCGGUGAGGAAUAAUGGCAUCCGUUCGAUAUAUACCGGUUGCUCGACGUUAAUACUGGGAACGACAUUUAAAGCCUCAGUGCGUUUCUUAUCUUUUGACUCUAUUAAAAGUGCAUUAGCCGAUGACACGGGCCGCUUGACUCCUGGUCGGGGAAUUCUUGCUGGAAUGAUUGCAGGGUGUGCCGAGAGUCUUAUAGCAGUGACUCCCACAGAGCGUGUAAAGACAGCACUAAUUGACGACGCAAAUUCUGCUGUUAGACGGUAUCGUGGAGGUAUACACGCCACGGGCAUGAUUAUUCGAGAAACAGGAGUUUCGGAAUUAUACCGUGGGCUACUACCAACUACUCUGAAGCAGUCCGCAACUUCUGCAGUUCGCAUGGGCUCAUACAACGUGCUGAAAGGCCUGUGCACAGAGAACAAUAUCCCGAGUAAUAGCAUUGUGACUUUUGCUACAGGUGCGGUUGCAGGUGUCAUAACAGUCUACGCCACUCAGCCCUUCGAUACGAUGAAGACGAAGUCGCAGAGCGCGCGAGGGGCAAGUGCUACGGAAGCUUGUAGGAUGGUAUUUGCCGAAAGUGGCAUCAGAGGGUUCUGGAGAGGGAGCAGCAUGAGACUGGCGCGACUCGUUUUCAGUGGCGGCAUCGUCUUUACAAUAUAUGAAAAAGUCACCGCGCUGUUGACGAGAUAGUAUACGGACAGUGCUGGGGUCGAUAUUGUACAUAAGUAACUGUGACGAUAUAGAUGCCUAAAAUCAGAAAAAAAG